AUGAUCUCAUUAUCAACAAUCCUUUUACCACAAACACUCACAAAACUUGGUGAAGGAUGCUUCUAUUAUUGCGUUUCAAUCGAUUCUUUCGAUUUUUCGGUUCAAAAAAUAAGAGAAUUUGGUAAUUUCGCUUUUUACAACUGUUUCAGCCUCCAAUCCAUACAGUUUCCAGUUAACUUGGCUGUAAUAGGUAGUGGAGCACUGGGAUCUACCAAGCUAAAUGUUUUAAUCCUUCCUUCUUCGAUUGAAUACAUCGGAACAUUCGCAUUUUACUCUUGCGUAGAAUUACAUGACGUAAACUUGGUAGAAACUAAUAUUAAAGAUAUCCCUGAGGAUUGCUUCGCGUUGUGUAGUGUUUUGACUGAUAUUUUGUUGCCACCUGGAAUUAAUCGAGUUUUAGAGGAAAGCUUUUACCUCUGUACAUCUCUUCAGACCAUAGAUUUCAAAGGAACUGAAGUAGAGUUCAUCGGAAGGUCCGCUUUCGCUAAUUGUAACAAUCUAUUAACUGUCUUGCUUCCUAGCGAUAUAGAAAUACUCGGCCCGAUGUGUUUUGCAUUCUCAGCCAUAAAAGAGUUCAUUGCUCCAAGGUCUCUCCGCCAAAUCGGUUACGAAUGUUUCUUCGGAUGUAAUUAUUUACAAAAUGUAAACCUCUCAAAUUCAAUUGUGUCAAAAUGA